UGUGAUGGCACGCAGCUGACUCGGCGCCUCGCCCCCAAAACACGGUGUUGUGGCGUCAUGAUCGACAAGCUGAUGUUUGCUGACACUCGGUGUGACAAGUUGUGAAGAAUUGUCGAAUUUGUUGAAGAAAAAGCAGCCGCAAGCUAUCCGAAGGUUAUGUGAGGAGUCAAAUCAUAAACCAACACCGAAAGGCGAAAAACGGUCGCACAACCACGCACUUUUUAUGCUGAUAUGAAAACUAUGCGUGGAAUUAUCAACGAUGACGUGCGGUGAGGUAAAAUAGCUUCCAAUGCGCAGCGCAAGUCUUUCCGACGAUACAACUUACUAUCUCUAAUGUACGACUGACUGAGACAUUUACCUAACUUCUGAAUUUGAUAAAAAUGUAACAAAAUUCGCAGAACGUUUAGAACCAUUUUUAGCAACGGCGAGCUCUAACUAAGUCCGUGAGAAUUAGGCGAUUUUAUUUCCUUGCUGAUUUCUUGAGAAGCGCGAAGUCGGCUGAGUUCCCAGGAACUCUGAAGGCAGCACAGAUCGCUCCGUUCGCUGAUAGGUUGCAGUCUGCACGGAAGCGCCGGUCGCCGCGGUAACGAGUCUUCGUGAGGACUUGUUCAAUCUCACUUUCGGACCGCCGCCGACGUUAAACCCAGCUAAUGUGCUAACAUGCUAACGCGCGCUGAUGACUUGACGGGCUGACGAAAGAUUGAAAAUUGCCGUGAUAAGCGACCGAAAGUUUGCCCGAGAGAAGCGCGUGCGUGAUGGGAAGUUGAGGACAGAGAUGACAACUUGUUGACGGAGCGGCUAGCUUCGCUGUUAGCCUGCAAGUCGACAAGUUGAGCGUCCAGCAUUUGACGGACCCACAUGACCUACACCACCCACAGCCCGGUUCUGUCCGCCUUGUUCGGCGUGACGGACGCCGAUGCCAAACCACCGGGAGUCGCAGAGUUGAUCAAAGAGUGGCAACUCAUCCCGAUACUUGCGUCUUGUGUGCCAGAGCGUCUGUAUUUCGCCACGCUACGAAGCAAACCCAAAAGCACGGCCAACACGCACUACUUCUGCACAGAUGAGGAGUUUGUCUACGAAAAUUUUUAUGCAGACUUUGGUCCCCUCAACUUGGCCAUGUUGUACCGGUAUUGCUGCAAGCUCAACAAGAAGCUCAAGUCCUUCACGCUGAGCCGUAAGCGAAUCGUUCACUACAGUAGCUUUGACCAGAGGAAACGCUCCAACGCUGCCGUGCUCAUCGGCGCUUAUGCGGUGAUCUACUUGAAGAAAACUCCGGAAGAGGCUUACAGAGCUUUGGUGUCGGGAUCCAACGCCGCCUACCUGCCCUUCAGGGACGCGUCGUUUGGGAAAUGCACCUUCAACUUGAGCGUUCUGGACUGUUUGCUGGGCAUCCGCAAGGCUCUCCAACAUGGGUUCUUUGACUUUGAGACCUUCGAUGUGGACGAAUACGAGCAUUACGAGCGCGUGGAGAACGGAGACCUGAACUGGAUUGUUCCUGGAAAACUUCUGGCCUUCAGUGGACCACAUGCCAAAAGCAAAAUGGAGAACGGCUACCCCCUCCACGCGCCUGAGUCAUACUUCCCGUACUUCCGGUCGCGUGGUGUGGUGGCGGUGGUGCGUCUGAACAAGAAGAUCUAUGAGGCGGCCCGCUUCACCGAUGGCGGCUUCCGCCACUGGGACCUGUUCUUCCUGGAUGGGAGCACGCCUGGUGAUGACAUCACGCGGCGCUUCCUCGCGUUGUGCGACGCCACGCCCGGUGCACUGGCUGUGCAUUGCAAAGCCGGCCUGGGCAGGACGGGCACGCUGAUCGGCUGCUACCUGAUGAAGCACUACCGCUUCAGCGCCGCCGAAGCCAUCGCUUGGAUCCGCAUCUGCAGGCCCGGCUCCGUCAUUGGACCUCAGCAGCACUUCCUGGAAGAGAAGCAGGCGUGGCUUUGGUUGCUAGGAAACCACCAUCGCAUCACUAAGGCCGCUGAGGACGAGGACCACCUCGGCGACCUGGCAUCCGGGGUGAAGGUCCUGGCCUUAAACGACGUUGAGCAACUUUCCCUCGCCGAGGACUGUCUGCGCCAGGUACACAAAGGUGCACGCCAACACACGCACACAGAUACAUGCCUUUGUGUUGUGUCGCCGCAGGGCGACGCCAGUGAGCGGUCGCCUCCGACUCAGGGAGACAAACUGCGAGCUCUUAAAGGUCGCCGCCUCUUCCGGCCCGCCGCCGCCGCCUCUUCUUCGGCUUUGAGGGUAGAGCAGCGUGGCGGCACGCCCACAAGGCCUAUCAGACUGCGGGUGGGUGCUGAAGGCGGCACCGCCCCCUCACUGCUAAAGUCCUUCAAGUCGUCGGCGUCCUCUGCGAGGAUCGCUCGCAGCUCCUCUUCAUCGACGAGCGGCUUGAGUCGCUUCAGUCUGACUGCAUCAACUUCUAGAAGGUCCCAUGUCCCCUGAAUGCAGCGCAUGCAUUCCAGGACGUCCAAGGUGUGUCUCGGGAAGCAAAGAAGGAAAGUUUCAAUCAAGACGUCGUGAUCAGCUGGGGGGACAGCCGUUCUGUUGUCACGGUUACCACCUUCAGCUUCCUCAUUUUUUCAAUGACGUCACCUCGCAAAGGCCUGAUGAGGUGCAACCUAUGACCUGACCUUUUGUGAGAAGAUAAGUGACUCACACCGGAAGGGUGUAAGCGCAGCACUAGCCGAUAGCCCCAGGCCGGAGUCUGGUUUUAAUGUUGAAUUUGAAUGUUGUUGUUUUUUUAAUGUCACUUUCUCCUGACUUUGAUGAAGGCGAUUGGUCAUCUGUGGACCUGUGACCAAUCACACCAUCACUCCAGUCCUCUACCUCUUCCGUUGGUUUUGUUAUAGCAAGGAAUUUUAAAGUAAGACUCGUGGGAACCAAGUCCCUGUCUUGCUCUAAAUUUGAUAGUCUCGACUUUGAAGUUUGUUCACUGGUAAAAGGAAGCACGGAAGCGAUUUCCCAAAAGAAGAGCAAGCACUGUUGUGAUGAGAGCAGCAUUUGCUUUUAUUUUGAAGGGGAGCUCCCCGUUGAUGUUUGAUUAUUUGGGAAAGACAUCUAUUUUCUUGUAAGUCCUUCAAGCAGAAGGAAAUAAAUUAUUUUUCUUGA